AUGGAUGAUGAGAAAAUUUGUCAAUGGUACUGUUGUGACUGUGGUCAAAGUUACGGUACAAUAAUUUAUAAGGACAAGAAUGUCAAGAAGGAUAGUCCUAAUGCAGAUGUUAAAUAUUAUAGUUCAAUGUUAUACAAUAAUAAUAUCAUAAUUGAUUAUAAAGACUUCCUAAGUCCAACUAUUGAAACCCAAGAAGAUGAUUAUUUCAAAGUAAGAACAGUAGAUUUAAAUAAUUCCAAAUCAAGGAACCAAAAGAUUCAUCAACAAAUAAAAGAUCAUAUCAAUAUUAACGACCAUCAUGACCAUCACAAUAAUAGUAAUAAUACAUUAGAUAACCAACUCCUACAUAAUCAAUCAUCGUCAUCUAAUCAAAAAGAGUACACCCGAAAUGAUAGCUUAUCAAGUGAAGAAAAUGAUAGUGAAUUAGAUGAGUUACUUAUCAAUGGACCCAAACGAUUUAGUUGUCAUCGAUGUCAACAUAUGAUGUGCCCUUAUUGUCCAAAACUCAGGUAUAAGGAUUUGUAA